AUGUCUGUCUCUGAUCCCUCCUCUCAACGCUUGUUCUCCUCGAGCCACUGGAGAGUCAACGAUUCCCCCAGAACCUCAAAGACCCUUACCUGUUUCGAUGCCAUUGAGAAGUUUUCCUCCAACUCUGCUUCCAAUGCUAACCAAUUGUUGAACAUUGCUGUCUCCAACAACUCCAAGAAAUCAAACUUGAAUAUCUACCAGUUAAAUCUUGACAAAAACUACUUGGUGCUCAACCAGUCCAUCACCCUCGACUCCAAUAUCUCUUCCUUGAAGUGGCUCAACAUCGAUAACUUCACCUACAAUUACAACAACCAAAACUACACCUCCAAUGAUCUCUACAACAAAAAUUUAUUGUUGGCUGGGAGAUCCAAUGGGAAAAUCAAUCUUUUAUACAUCCCUGAUAGUUCUUCUCUCAACAAAAACGCCAAAGUCUUGAGAACUUUUACUCAUCCUUUUAUUUGCCAAAGCAAUAAAUCCUUCAAAUUGAACUCAAAGCUAAAUAUGAACUACAUGAACUCAAACUUAGUCAACAAGAUAUCUACUGUCCCUGAUGACUGGUCAAUAACUCCUACAAACAAAUUCAUAUCUUUGAUCUCACGAAACUCCAUUUAUCUCUGGGAUAUUAAUCGAAAAUUAUACCCAAUUUAUUUCAACAUUAUCCCCAAUUUACUAGAUUUUAAUGAAUCAAAAAACAAAAACUCAACUUUAGCUCUUGCUGGAAAAUUUGGCAUUUCUCUACUUGACCUCAGAGUUAAUAAUCAUACUGAUGAUAGCACAACAAAACCAACAAAGAACAUCAAUAAUAAACCUGCAAACUUGAUAAAAUGGUCAAAAAUUGAUUCAAAUAUUCUAGCUUCUGCUCAUAAUGAUGGAAUCAUAAGAGUUUGGGAUAUAAGAUCAAACAAUUAUUUCGCUGAAUUGAUAGGUAACCCAAACGACCACUACAUCACCUCUUUAGAAUUCAAUAACAACGAUAAUAACAUCUAUUCAACAACUCUCACAAAUAAACUAUUUUACUGGGACAUCAAAUCCACAAAUUUAGUCCAAGAUAAAGUCAAUAAAUUAUCCCUAACAUCCCUAUCAAAGGAUUAUUUAGCCGCUGAUGAUCAAAAUUCAAUCUCCUUUUAUCAAGAUUUAAUCAUAAACUCAACUCAGUCUGGUAAUUUGAUAUCAAAAAAUUGUAAAAAAAUCCUUCAUAUUCCAAACACGAAUUGCACUUUAUCAAUUAAUGACGAUACCAUUAGUUCUCAUUGUCAAAAUAACAUGUCAAUUCAAUUCCAACAACCUCAAUUAAACACUUCAAAUGUUGAGCUUUCAAAUCCUGAUAACAUCAAUCUUAACAACUCCUCAGAAAGCGAUAGUGAUAAUAAUGAAGCAUCCUCUUUGAAACAUACCAAUACCCAUUCAAGGAACAGCUCGUUAUUUAGCAACAAAUAUAACUAUAGCUCUUCGAUUCUGUCUAUCGAUUCAGAUUCCAAUAAUAAUGACAACAAUCAACAACCUGAAAAACCCAGAAAACCUGAAAAACUUGAUGAAUCUGAUGAAUCUGAUGAAUUUGAUAAAAUUAAUGACUCAUAUGAUGCUGAAGAUACAAUACCAUUUAAACCAACUUCUCCUUUGAAAAUUACAAAAUUUCAAUUGAGUUAG